UUACAAGCGGGAGCGCCUGCCAACUAACGUUUUCAAGAUGGCGGAUGCCAUAAAUCGAAGGUCAUAUAAUCGGCAAGAAAAGCAAUUUAUUGAGGAAGGCUACUGUGAUAGACUUUUUCAAAAAGCGAAAGAGAGCGGGAAAGUUAUUUGUGUUCACUGUUAUGAGGCUGACGGCAGUAUUAAAUUCUUUUCAUCGGCUGGAGUGGACGUUCAUUACAGGCGUGCUCACAAACGGUGUUGUUUCAAAGAGGAAAAUUCUCUAAAACUGUUUACUGCGUUACAUUUCGAAGAGAGCAAGCUUUUCAUAAAUGAGUUAUCUGCGUUUAGAUCACGUAACAGUCUUGGGUUAAAUUUGUUUGAGGAAUACGAGGUUAAAACGGAACAUUUACGCACAAGUAUUUACAGCACGUGUAAGAAAGAAGCUGCGAAACUUGCUGGAUUAGUCUUAUCUCACGGAAACUACGUAAAUCCAUCGUUAACAAAUGGCUAUCCUUUAAGCGUGAUCAAAGUAGGAGAUGCGCAAGAUUUUGAAGAGAAAUUCCUUGUUUGGAAGGCCUCUUCUAAGAUAUAUGUUGAAUCUGUUUAUUACAGAGAGAUGCCACUUAAAUGCUUUGAUGAGCUACCUUUGCAAGACAUGAUUUUGAAUAAGGACAAUGAUUAUCAUCAACCAGUCGAAGGACAAAAUCCUGAUGGAAUAUUGAAAAAUGUAUUUGGACAUUCUUCAUUCAGACCAGGACAGAAGGAAGCAAUGAAUGCUGUGUUACAACAAAAAGAUGCAGUUGUUGUCAUCCCUACUGGUGGUGGAAAAACAGUAAUUUACACAAUCCCAACUUUACUUAUGCCUGGCAUAACUGUUGUUGUUUCGCCUUUACUGAUGCUAAUGCAUGAUCAGUUGUUAAAACUAAGAGAAAAGGGCAUUAACACAUGUUACAUAAACUCAAUGCUAACUAAGGAGAGCCGUGAAGAAGUGAUAUCAAACUUAUGUAGACCAGAUAGUGAAUAUAAAGUACUACUUACCAGUCCAGAAGUGUUAAUGAGCCAAACAAUGCACACAUUGCUCCAGAAGUUGAAAUGUGAAGGGCGACUAAACUUUUUUGCAAUAGACGAGGCACAUUGCAUUGACACUUGGGGAGCUGAUCUUCGCCCAGAGUACCAGGAGCUUGGUGCUCUAAAAAAGUAUGGGGUUCCUAUUGUUGCUUUAACUGGAACUGCUACAGCUCUAACAAUCGAACAAAUUAAAAGUACAUUAAAACUUUUAAACCCAGAAGUAAUCAAAUUGCCAUUUGUUAGAGAGAACCUAAUAUUUGAAGUUUUCCCCAAGAAACCUGGCUUUUCAGCAACACUUAAUCAAGUUGUGGAACUAAUAAAUUCAAGAUUCAGUGGUCAGUGUGGAAUUGUAUAUUGUAGUCGCAGGGAAGAUACAUCUCAGCUAUCCUUAGAAUUGAAAAUAAAUGGCAUUUCAUCGAUAUAUUAUCAUGGUGGUAUUGUGGAUCCAGAGAUCAAAUUGAAGCAUGCAAACUUGUGGCUUGAUGGAAAUGUCAAUGUCAUGUGUGCAACAAACUCUUUUGGGAUGGGCAUUGACAAGCAGGAUGUGCGCUUUGUAAUUCACCUUACUUUUCCAGCAAGUUAUGAAGCAUAUGCUCAGGAGUCAGGGAGAGCUGGUCGAGAUGGCAUUGAUGCACACUGCAUUGUGUUUUAUAGGUUUGAAGACAGGAACUUUCACCUUCAUAACAUCACAAAAGCGACACUGCCUGAUGCAAGAUCAAAACGCCUCAAGUCUCUAAAUGAAUUUUCGAAAUAUUUGAUGGAUAAUGUACAUUGCCUACAAAAAAUUAUGGCUGAAUACUUUGGGAGCACCUUGGAAGGAAAAUGUGGGAAAUGUGGGAACUGUCUUAACCCUGUUAUUCCAGUAAAAGAAGAUUGUACUUUGCAUGCAAAGCAGCUUAUAACUUGUCUGCAACACAUGCAAUCAUUGAAAGACAAAGUAAGUGUUAAUGAAUUGGGAUCAACAUAUAUUGGCUCCAAAUCAGCAGCUGUGAAAAGUCAAAUGUUUGAUCAGGUACCAGAGUAUGGUAAAGGAAAGGGUCAUUUUAAAACUGUUGGUCAUCUUACAUGUUUCAUAAACCAUUUAAUAAUUAGCAAUAUAUUUACAGAGAAUUUAAGAGAUGAACAUGAUAAGCUAAAGUCAACAUACUUAUCUGUAGGCAAUAUUCGUGAAAUUUUAAGUGAAAACAUUAAUGUUAUGUUCUAGUUUGCAUUUUACACA